UUUCAAACUUUACUGUAAUAUUACACCUCGCUGUUUUGGUUCUGUGUUUGUCUUACACAGGUUUUGCUUGAAUGUAUCAUCAAAUAGACUAUGCCUGAGCCCAGGUCAGCAGUUUUUGCAUGCAUCCAGAGGAGGUCAGUGUUGCAUGUCUGCUUGUGACCUCAAGUCACUUUCCCUGACCUCACACUAACCUCUACAGAUUCAGCAGGGAGGGAGUUUUUUUUAACUUUGAAUGAAGGAGAGGCAGAGCUGAAUGCGGGUUUCCCCUGCUGCAUGCUGGAAGAGACCGCCUCCAGCUGAAAAAGCACUGCAGCAGCUCUGCUUCUGAGGGAUGGGGCUGGUGGGCGUGGCCGUGGAUGGAGGGUUGGACUUUGGGUGGUAGCAAACGCCCCAUCGCUGGAUGUAAUAUUCAAUGAGCUCCGAGCAGAGGACAUCAUCAAGGGGCAACUUGACAGCAACAACACGCAGUUCAUUCAUUUUCAGCGCCGCGGACAUGCCUGGUGGACACUUCAGGUUCCCUCCUGAUAUCGGGAUGCAGACUUGCCCCACUUUUCUCCUCCGGCGGCCAAACUUUUCACGGCCAUAUCGCUAUGGAGCCGCUGUGGACGGACACCGGCGCUCCGGUACGACAUGCAAAUACGUACUCUGACGUCGGCGAUCAUGUGGCUUUUGGCGUAGAUCCUCCUUGUGAUCGCCAAUUUUUUCCCUUCCCUGUCGCCUGUUGUCUCGUCGGCUAUUGGGCCGCCGCGAGACUCUUUCAAACCCAUUCGGCGUGCUUGCUGCUCCAGCGGUCGCGUUGGGAUUGUACCGCGCUACCUGAACGUCGCGUCAAGAAGGGGGUGGGCAGGCAGCAUCCUGUCAUGAAGAUCCAGAAGAGCUGCCAUUGCUGGAGCUGACACCGUCAACGAGUCCAGCCCACGCUGCUCUGCAAACAGUCCUUCAUCUCCCAUUAUCGUAUUUGGUCUCUCUACAAAUACCAAAAUAUUUCUUUGACGUCUCUCUGUGACAGUCCCAGAAAGUCCCGUUCUGGUCUGCGUUUGAUCCGUCUGGCUCCGCUUUAGACAGUCAUUCUGUAUUUAAUCAGUGGUCCUCCAUCUUGGAAUCCCGAGCCAAGACAAAAGCAACUCUAAGCACAUUCCUGACCCGCAACCUGAAAUCAUCAUGUCAAGUCGACGCAAAGCUUCCACUCCCUGCAUGAUCCGACCAGAGCAGACACAGUUGGAGGUGGAUGAUGAUGAGGAUGAAUCGCACAAUAUGGAGGUAACAGAAAACCAUGUUCAGGAUGAGGUGCCUAUGAAUACAGACCAUCCAGUGCAAGCAGAGCCACCGACAGACUCAGACGGGACAGGCAAAGCCUCGGACGCUCCCACAGGUCCUGACAAGCCACAAAAGGAGCCGCCAGACCCCUCCAAACCUCAGCGCAGACAGCAGGGGGGCUACGAGUGCAAAUACUGCACCUUUUCCACACAGAAUCUUAACACUUUCAAGGAACACGUGGACUCCAACCAUCCAAAUGUCAUCCUCAACCCACUGUACCUGUGCGCUGUCUGCAACUUCAACACUAAGAAGUUCGACACCCUAACGGAGCACAACGAGAGAUGUCACCCCGGGGAGAGCAACUUCAAAUUCAAACGCAUCAAAAUGAACAACCAGACAAUCCUGGAACAGACGAUAGAAGGCUGCAGCAACAGCGCAGUCAUUUAUAACACGUUGGGUUCGCUUCCUGGCAAAGGGGACAGACUGGGAAGCUCCUCGCUUAUCAAAACCAACACAGUAAAAACUGCUAAACCAAAAACUUUGUCUACAGACACCAAACGGACAGAAUUGCAGAUGAGUAAACUGACCCCAGAGCUCGCCAAGAAACCAAUAACGGCGCUCAAUGUGAACGGGACCGUUAUUAUCCCAGAGUCGACUCUGCUCAAAGCAGACAGCCUUUCUCACAUCAUGCCUUCUUUACAGCAGCCUAUAAAUUAUACCCAGGUGCCGAAGAUCGCCGUGCCCCUGAACACAACCAAAUACAACCCGUCCCUGGACGACAACCUGACGCUCAUCUCCUCCUUCAACAAGUUCCCCUACCCGACGCAGGCCGAGCUCUCCUGGCUCACCGCGGCCUCCAAACACCCGGAGGAGCAAAUCAAAGUCUGGUUCACCACUCAGCGGCUCAAGCAGGGCAUCAGCUGGUCCCCUGAAGAGGUAGAAGAAGCGAGGAAGAAAAUGUUCAACGGCACCAUCUCAUCAGUGCCUCAGACUCUGACAGUGGUGGCUUCACAGCUGGGCUCCAGCUCAUCCACCAACAGCAGCUCCUCCAAGCCUCUGCCGUCAGCUGCCACUGUCCUGCAGUCUCUCCCCUGUCAGAUCCUGGGCCAGAACAGCCUGGUGCUGACUCCUGUGGCCAACGGUUCCAGUGUCACAUGCGCACCACUGGCGCUCACAGUGGCCAGCCAGGUGGCACAGUCGCUCAAGCGACCGCUGGUCACUCCGGUGAUCGCAACCGAGAGUAAGCGGCCGUCCAUCAUUCAGACCAUCCAUGCGUCGACGGCCACGACGAAGCUGGCGUCGCCCAAAAUGUUGACUUUCACAGCGGACCCGAACAAAACGGCCGAGCAGCUGUCAGUGCUGCGCUCCAGCUACACACAGUGUCCUUUCCCCGAGGAAGAUGAGAUCUACAGGCUGAUAGAGACCACUGGACUGUCCAGGGGAGAGAUAAAGAAGUGGUUCAGUGAACAGAGGCUGCUCAAUCUCAAAAGCGUGGCUUCUCCACCUGUGCUGGUGAAAGCAGAGGCGGCCCCUGCCGUUCUGGACGGCCCCGUUAAGAAAGCUGUCCCGAGUAAGUUUCCCCUGCUGGAGAGAGUGAAGGGGAAGACAUCGGAGCAGCUCAAGGCGCUGGAGGAAAGUUUCCAGAGAAGCAGCUCCCCAACGGAAAAGGAGCUCGACCAGCUGGCUCAGGAGACAAGGCUGUCCAAGACGGAGGUGGACUGCUGGUUUUCGGAGCGCCGCGCCCUGAGAGACAACAUGGAGAAGGUUCUGCUCACCAUGGCCUCCAGGAACUCUGAGGACAGGCCGGAGCGGGCGGGAGGGGCGCUGCUGAAUGGGGCUUCUCACCGGGAGCAGGACGGGAAGGCUCUUCGUUCCUCUCCUCACCCUCCUCCUUCCUCCUCCUCUUCUUCUUCAUCUUCUACCUCCCCCCCUGUGCUCGCUCCUCAACCUCCCACCCAUUCCUCUUCAAGAUCUCCUCCCAUACUCAACUCGUCUUCUCCUCAUCCUCCCCUCCUGUCAGUCUCCUCAAGCCCAGCGCCCAUCUCCAGUCGCACGCUAGCCCUUCUCAGGGAGAUGUUCUGUCGGACCCAGUGGCCCUCCCCCGAGGAGUACAGCCAGCUGGAGCUCCAGACGAAACUGGGCCGCACCGACAUCGUCCGCUGGUUCAAGGACCACCGCUCGGCCCUCAAGAACGGCGAGACCCUGGACUGGAUGGACGCAGUCCAGAAGCAAAGCCUCGCCGAGGAACAGAACACGGGCCAGCACCAGAACGGCCAGAUCUCUGAUGACAACCAGGCCGUUUCCUUGGAAGUCAAGGCUCUGAAUGCGGAGGAGUCUGGUGGGAACGUAGCAGCUGGGGAGGACUCCAAACUGUCCGGCCAAGACAAAGGACGCCGGCUGGCCGGGCGACUAGCGCAGGGCGUGAACGAUCUGAGCCGAACCGGGCAGGACCAGAACAGCUGCAGUGCAUCUGACAAAGGAAGGUGGGUAAAGGUCACUGCUGGAGACGAGACAGAAGGAGCGGAGAGACAGAGACUGGCCACCGACACUGGUGUUAUGAGUAUGGAGCAACCAGGAAGAGUGACUGGGUGACGGAAAGGCAAAUCUUUAAAUGCUGAUUCUCCAGCCAUCAUGGGGCAAGUGAAGACGACCAAUCAGAGACACAAUGUGUCUGUGAUGUCAUCACAAAGCGCCAGGGACGAUUACAGCACUGAGGUGAAGAACGGACGCCGACGUGAAGAGGAGUGCCAAAGCUGGACUUGAUGCAGAACUCUCACUACUACGUUUAGUUUAGUUUAGUUUUCGUUUUUUGGUUUUGUAACAUGUUUGUAAAUAUUCUUGUCAUACAGAGUAAGCGGUCUGUUCAGGUGCAGAGCGACAAAACUUUUCUUUUAAUUUUUAUUUUCAUGAUGAAUGAAUGUCGCCCCAAAACCUGGAAUGUUUUUGGUUGCUGUAAUAAGAACAAAAAUGCAUUAUAGUCUAUUUGCUGGAAAUCUCCUUUUUUGUAAAAAAAAAAAAAAAAAAAAAGCAACUAGCUGCAUUUUGCUCAUUAUGAGUAGAUUUUGAUGGCACUUGCAUAUUUUUCUUGUCGUAGUGGUAGAUGUUCCCGUACCAGGCUGCUUUUCAAAUGCCUUUACGGUGAUACAAUGCUGACUCAGAUGUGCAAAACAGGCGAGUAGGAGGAGUGUGCAGCUGAGGAAACAAACUGCAGCGAGCACACACACACACUCACACUGAUUAGCAGCAGUGGUGCAAAUACUUUAACAAAAAAAAAUAUCCGCAGCUUGUUUAAGCAGUUUUUUUAUUUUUUUUUCAGACGUGUUCUUGAAGCUGAUGCAGAACAUGAUGUGCACAUUUCUACAGAGAACUGAUAAAUCCCGGAGAAUGCAGGGUCUGUCCGACACCAUGCUGCCUUUCCAGCUCAUACCUGUUGUUUCCUGUCUACUUUGUAAAAAAAAAAAAAAAAAAAAAAAAGGGAGCAGAGUGGAGCAGCUUCACAGUUCUGUGUUGUAAAUCUUCUCGGCGGAACCUGCCAAAAGCCCUUCAUUUUCUUUUUUCUUUUCUUUUUUUUUUUUAUGAAAAUGCUACAUGCACUCUAAAUAACCUGAGCACCUUUAUCUGAGCCUUCUCAUAUAUAUCCAUUCGUUUAGCUGUAAAUACGUCUUGUCUUCUAUCUAGGCUUCUUCGCUUAAGAGUCAAGGUGGGAUUAAUUCCCCCUCUUCAUUUCUGCACAUGCUCAAAACGGAGGUGGACGAACGUCGGAGAUACAAAAACGGAGCUGUUAAAAGGCGGUUGGAAUGUCACUGCAGUCAAAAGCUGUCACAAAGUUUCAAGCGUUUCUCUCUUUUUAACUCAUCUUGGAAAGUGUCGUUCAAGUUGACCUCUUUAUUUCCACAUGAAUGAAAUCGGUGGGUUUUUUGCUUUCAGUCACAGAAGGAGGGAGGGGAGCUAUAAUUUAGCGUCAGCAGGUGGAUGGCUGUAUGCUUGACUGCAUGUUGGUUCCUGCUGCAUUGGGUUCACGGUCUCGAAUAACUCAACAUCUUGUUUUUGACGUGUACAGGAUUACUGCUUGCAUUUUCAUUUUCUCCCUUUUAAGUCUGAUGCAAUUCAAUAAAAACACAGUUGACUGCAAAAUGCCGUGGUAGUCUGAAUAAAAUGGAGAAUAUGAGAUUCCUUGA